GCAACACAAUCGCUGAACUGUACUGACUUUAAAAGCAUUUUGUUUUAAAGAUAAUGGCCCCUGCCUGGGAUCCAGAAAACCAAACCAGCCAUAUGAAUGGAUAUGCUACCAAGAGGUGGCAGACAGAGCAGAGUUCCUGGGAUCUGGAUUAAUGCACAGAGGACACACACCGACACCUGACCAGUUCAUUGGAAUUUUUGCACAAAACAGACCUGAGUGGACAAUUGCUGAACUUGCGUGCUACACCUACUCCAUGGUGUCGGUCCCACUGUAUGACACCCUAGGAGCCGAGGCCAUUGCUUACAUUAUCGAAAAAGCGGAAAUCUCCACAGUAAUCUGUGACACACCUGAGAAAGCCCAGCUUCUUCUAGAGUACGCUUCUAAAGGAGUGCACCAGUUGAAAACUAUCAUCCUCAUAGAUGUUUUUGAUCUUGAUCUGGUGGGGCGAGCAAAGAAAUUGGGGGUUGAAGUUGUCAGUCUGAGGGAAAUAGAGUCUGUUGGAAAGGUAAACCGGAAGAAUCCAGUACCACCAAAGCCAGAUGAUCUGGCGGUUAUAUGUUUUACCAGUGGAACCACAGGAAACCCCAAAGGAGCGAUGCUUACUCACGCAAACAUUGUAUCCAAUGCAGCUGCUUUUAUCAAAAUAACAAAGAAUCUGCACGUCCUUACUCCUGAAGAUGUAAUGAUCUCAUUCUUGCCUCUGGCCCACAUGUUUGAACGUGUAGUUGAGGUUCUACUUUUGUGCCAUGGAGCCCGGAUAGGAUUUUUUCAAGGUGACAUCAGACUUCUCAUGGAUGACCUAAAGACGUUACAGCCCACCAUAUUUCCUGUAGUGCCCCGUCUGCUCAACAGAAUGUUUGACAGGAUAUUUGGACAAGCCAACACCCCUUUGAAAAGGUGGCUGCUGGACUUUGCGACUAAGAGGAAGGAAGCAGAGCUGAAAAGUGGAAUUGUGAGGAAUGACAGCGUGUGGGACAAGCUCAUCUUCCGCAAAGUACAGGCUAGCCUGGGUGGUAAAGUACAGCUCAUGAUAACCGGAGCGGCUCCCGUCUCUCCAACAGUUCUGAGUUUCCUCAGGGCUGCCCUGGGCUGCCAGUUUUAUGAAGGCUACGGGCAGACUGAAUGCACAGCUGGGUGUUCGAUGACAUUGCCUGGAGACUGGACAGCAGGUAAAAUACACCAACAUACUCUUUUCACUGAUAAAGUAGACCCAGAAAUACAGUAUUUAGCAAGUAUAUGUCUUGCCUUGAUUUUUGUUUCCUUUCUUUGUACAUUUCAAGAUUCGAAGAUGUGUUACCGAUGUUGCAGUGUCUUUAUUUUCAAAAGCAUCAGUCUUUAUCAGAGUUCUGUUUUGAUUUUCAUAAAACCUUUUGGAAGGGUAGUGUUACUGUAUGCUCAAACAUGAAAAUACAGCUGUUUG